AUCGAAAUUAUUAUGUCUAAUGUAGGUUACUAGAAAAAAUAAUAUAUUUAAAGUCGUAAAAAGCUUAGGUUUUUAUUAGGUUUGACAAAAACGCAAGCAUUCGGGUGGCCGCUCUGUAACUCUGUUUCUCCAACUUUGGCAAUAAGCAGUUAGCCCCUAUGAAAACUUACAUAGAUUGAAAAGAUGAUGAUCUCUUUACAUAACUGAUAAUGAAAUCAUUGAUUGUAUAAGUAUAAACUUAUCAAAAUCUACUUUUCCUUCAAUUACAUUUCCACUGUUGUAGAUUUCUUAAUUCAACUUUGAUGGAGCCAGAGCCUUCUAACAAACCAAAAGCCCCGAGAAAGAUUUGGUUUCAUCCAUUUCUUUAUGUAUAUGUAAAUUGGCACGGAGAGGCAAUUUUUUUUUUUUUUUGGAUCUUUUCUGCUGGAUUAAUUUGUGAUGCAGAUGAGAUUUGCACCAAAAGCUCCGCCUUUGCGUGUAUCAAAGGCUGAAGUUAAAACUGAAGUUGAUAACGCUGAGACUGCCAGUGCCCAGGCCAGGGAUUUGCUGAGGCGUUUCAAUAUGUGUUUCAAGGCAACAUGAAGACAAAGGCAAAAUUUGGAAAAAAAGUUGCAGCUUCAUAAAUUGCGUUUGGUUAUGGGGGGUGCAUCAACUUCUAUAAAAUCAUAUGGUGUUACCAAAGGUGGGGGUAGCAGUAACACAGCUGGGCUUAGUGGUUUAAGGGAGGAGAAAGAAUACAAGGAACCAUGGGACUAUUACAGCUAUCAUCCUGUGACUCUUCCGCUGAGGAGACCAUACUCAGGAAGUCCAGAGCUUCUUGAUGAGGAGGAAUUUGGUGACGCUUCAGAAACCUUGGAUUAUGGUCAAAGUUCAAUGAAGCCAGCUGAAGAACUUGGUCUAAUAGAGGAGAAUCUGGAACCAAGCAUGUUUUUUCUUCAACUGCCACCUACAAUGCCUAUGAAAAAGCGAUCAACGACAGGAAGGCCACAGGGGGGUGCAAGAACUAUGGAGAGGACAUGUAGUUUAGAUGAGUUACCAGCAGGUUUUAUGGGUAAAAUGCUAGUAUACAAAAGUGGUAUUGUCAAGCUGAAGCUGGGUGAAACCCUUUAUGAUGUUACCCCAGGUUUGGAUUGUAUGUUUGCUCAGGAUGUCGUUGCUAUAAACAAGGCGGAGAAGCACUGCUGCGUUGUUGGGGAGCCCUGCAAGCGUGCUAUCUUGACUCCAGAUGUGCAUUCCUUUUUAAGCGGUUUUGCUGAUUUAUAACGGUAUUUAAUCAUAUACUUUAGGGGGCAUCUGGUUCUAGAUUUUAAAAAUUAUCUUGGUAAUUUAUCUUUUAUUCUCU